CCUCCAAAUUGUGCCGUAUCUCACCGCUUCCCGCGGGUACCUAAAUUAGGGUUGUGGAGCUACCGGACGGAAAUCGAACUCUUAACUCAAAGAGUUCCAAAGCCUUUGCCUCCUCUUCCUGUCGUCCUUUGCUCUGGUUAUUUGUCCGACCUCGAGUUCUUUCAUCGGUCUAACGCAUCCAUCGUUCGCCUCCGAUCGCACAGGAAAAUGGGCGCAAAGGCUAAGAAAGCUCUGAAAACUAAGCUGAAGAAGGUCGCGGCUGCAUCCCAAGCCGCUGAGAAGAAAGCAGCAGCAACUACUGCCGAUUUCCUUCCACUGGAAGGUGGAAAAGGGCGAAAGAUACCGGAAGGGAAGCAGCCGGAAGGAAGUACUGCCAAGGCUACCGUAUUGUACAUUGGUCGGAUUCCUCAUGGUUUCUAUGAGAGCGAAAUGGAAGCUUACUUUUCACAAUUUGGCAAGAUUAAGAGAUUGAGAGUUGUCAGGAACAGGAAGACUGGAAAAUCCAAGCACUAUGGAUUCCUUCAAUUUGAAGAUCCUGAGGUAGCGGCAAUUGUAGCGGAUUGCAUGCAUAAUUAUCUUCUGUUUGAGCAUCUUCUGCAAGUCCACCUUAUCCCACAGGAGCAAGUUCAUCCAAAAUUGUGGAGGGGUUACUUUAAAUACCGACCAGUGGACCGGGUAAUGAUUCAACGUAAGAGGCAGAACAAGGAGAGAACUCUCGAUGAGCACAAAAAAUUGGUGCAAAAGAUUACAAAGCAGAGUAAGAAGCGACAAAGAACCAUAGAAGCCGCUGGGCUUGAUUAUGUCUGCCCUAAAAUUGUAGGUGAAAUGUUACAGGCUCCAAAGAAGAUCAAGUUUGCUGAAGACUAGGCCCAUUCCAGAACUUCAGGUGGUGGUUUUUCGAGGUUUUCUGCAGGAGAUUGAGAAUUCAGAACACAGUGCUGGUGUAUUUCUGAAGUAGGGUUGAGGUAGUCUUGACAGUGGCAAUUCCUGUGGUUGAUACAGAAAUAGAAGAUGAAGGAAGCGCCUCAAAAGGGUAGGUAUUUUUGUAAGACAUGUUGUGGCCUUUCAAAAAGACGAUUAUAGGUGCGAUAUGGUAAUUUAGACUGCUCGUAUUUCGUGUUAAUGAAUCAAACUAAAUGCCCUUUCCAGUGAGCAAAUAUUGGUACACUUGAUGGCAUUCUAUUUUAAGCACUCUGGUAGCCGAACGAAAUAGCACAACCAAAAUGGCAAAAUGGACCAAAUCGACCCGACCCUCUAUAUUGUGGUCAGAUAUAAAUUGAUUUGGUUAGUUGUCAA